GCCGCGCGUGCGCGGAGCGCUGUGCGUGCGUGAGGCCGUCCGUCCAGCGGGCGGGCAUGGCGGUGUGCGCUCGGCUGUGCGGCGUGGGCCCGGCGCGCGGAUGCCGGCGUCGCCAGCAGCGCCGGGGCCCAGCCGAGACGGCGGCGGCGGACAGCGAGCCGGACACGGACCCCGAGGAGGAGCGCAUCGAGGCGGGCGCCGCGCCGCCGGCCGGGGCGGGGGGCGGCCCGUGCGCGGGCCCCGCGCCUUCGCCCCCGCGCUGCUCGCUGCUGGAGCUGCCGCCCGAGCUGCUGGUGGAGAUCUUCGCCUCGCUGCCGGGCACCGACCUGCCCAGCCUGGCCCAGGUCUGCACCAAGUUCCGCCGCAUCCUGCACACCGACACCAUCUGGAGGCGGCGCUGCCGGGAGGAAUACGGUGUUUGUGAGAACUUGCGGAAGCUGGAGAUUACAGGCGUGUCUUGUCGAGACGUCUAUGCGAAACUGCUCCACCGGUACCGGCACAUCUUGGGGUUGUGGCAGCCAGACAUCGGGCCGUAUGGAGGACUGCUGAACGUGGUGGUGGACGGCUUGUUCAUCAUCGGCUGGAUGUACCUGCCUCCACACGACCCUCAUGUGGACGACCCCAUGAGGUUCAAGCCUUUGUUCAGGAUCCACCUCAUGGAGAGGAAGUCUGCCACGGUGGAGUGUAUGUACGGCCACAAAGGGCCCCACAAUGGCCACAUUCAGAUCGUGAAGAAGGAUGAGUUCUCCACCAAGUGCAACCAGACCGACCACCACAGGAUGUCCGGUGGCAGGCAGGAGGAGUUCCGGACUUGGCUGCGGGAGGAGUGGGGCCGCACCCUGGAGGACAUCUUCCAUGAGCAUAUGCAGGAGCUGAUCCUGAUGAAGUUCAUCUACACCAGUCAGUACGACAACUGCCUGACCUACCGCCGCAUCUACCUGCCGCCAAGCCGCCCGGACGACCUCAUCAAGCCGGGCCUCUUCAAGGGCACCUACGGCAGCCAUGGCCUGGAGAUCGUCAUGCUCAGCUUCCACGGCCGGUGUGCGAGGGGCACCAAGAUCACGGGCGACCCCAACAUCCCCGCGGGGCAGCAGACCGUGGAGAUUGACCUGAGGCACCGCAUCCAGCUGCCUGACGUGGAGAACCUCCGCAACUUCAAUGAGCUCUCCCGCGUGGUCCUGGAGGUGCGUGAGCAGUUGCGGCAGGAGCAGCAGCAGGCCAGCGAGGGCCCCACCCUGCCGCAGGAGCCGCCCUCGGGCCGGGGGCCCAGUGGGGCGCCUGCCGAAGAGGGUGGGGAGCCCAGAGUCGGAGCAGCGGCCGAGCAGCCAGCCCAUUCCGGGCAGGGACAGCCAUUCGUGCUGCCGGUGGGCGUGAGCUGCAGAAACGAGGACUACCCCCGCACCUGCCGGAUGUGCUUCUACGGCACAGGCCUCAUUGCCGGCCAUGGCUUCACCAGCCCCGAGCGCACCCCUGGUGUCUUCAUCCUGUUUGACGAGGACCGCUUCGGCUUCGUGUGGCUGGAGCUCAAGUCCUUCAGCCUAUACAGCCGGGUGCAGGCCGCCUUCCGGAACGCAGAUGCACCGUCGCCGCAGGCCUUUGAGGAGAUGCUCAAGAACAUCCAGUCCCUCACCUCCUGACCGCCACGCCUGCUGUGGGCCAGCCAGGCCCUGCCACCAGGAGCAGAAGCAGCAUGCACUUUGAAACGCGGCCUUUUUGUAGAACGCGCACCUUCUUGCAAGGGGCCCCGUCCUGCCCCAAGACACUUCAUACCUAGCGUGUAACAUAUUCCUGUGUGGGUGUCAUGACCCCAAGGAGAUGCUGAGCAUGCCCCCCCCUUCUCUCUUCCUUUCUCUCUCUCCCUCCCUCUCUCUCUCCCUCUCUCUCCCUCCCUCUCUCUCUCCCUGUCUCUCUCUCCCUGUCUCUCUCUCCCUCCCUCCCUCUCUCUCUCCGUCUCUCUCUCCCUCCCUCUCUCUCUCUCUCCCUGUCUCUCUCUCUCUCUCUCUCCCUCUCUCCCUCUCUCUCUCUCACACACACACACACCAAAAAAAAAAAACAAAAAACAGGAGUGAAUGAACAGAAGAGGCAGGUGGAGAGCAGUGGCCCUGGGCAGGUGGAGCUUGCUGGAGGCCUCCAGGCAGCGAGGCCCCUGUGGGGAGGUGUGUGGGCCGUCAGUCAUUUCCCUGCACGCGCAGAUCCAACUCGUGUGAGAAGUUCUGUUCCACCCGUCGUCCCCGCUGGAUGAGCUGAGCAGACAUGGCCGCGACCUGGAGGCCUCGCAGGUGGUCAGGAGGAAGUGCGGGACUCGGCUGGGAGGGUGGCAGGGACGGUGUAUGCAGAGGGCUCCCAGGAGCGGAUGGAACAUCAGGUUCGUGUUAGGACUCCGGGUUGAGUUCUUCUCUACUGACUCGCUUAGGUUUUGGGCAAAAAUGCUUUCUCUCCUGAUCAGUUUUCCUCUCAGUGAAGUGGGACCGGAGGUGCAGGACCAGGAGUAUCACGUGAGCACAGGCCUCUGGCCCAGCCCACGGCCCACGCGCCUGCUCUGCCGAGGCUCCUGCUCCGCGGCAGUCUGCAGCCAGCCCAGGCAGGGCCUUGUCCCGCCCAGCCUCCCUGUCGCCACGUGCAGGGCCACCUGACCCCGGCCCGGCACGCCUGGGCUGCUCUCGGAACCAGCCCUGGGCAGCAGGGGACCCUCCAGCCCAGAGACUCCCGUCAGACCUGGGUGACAUUGUGUCUCCUGAAGGACAGCACCAUACCCGAGGCUUCAGGAGCCGCGUGCUCCCUCCAGCCUCAGGGUGACACCAGGGCAUGCCUCUUCUCAGCUGCUUGUCCUCCUUGUCCCCUCUGAGCCCUUGUGCUAAGCACUUGGGACUUGUCCGACUGGUGAGAGGCCCAGGAUGGUGGCAUUGGCACGGAGACCACCUUGUGCCUGUCCUCUGACCACCCCUGAUGCCCAGCUCCCAUGCUCAGCAGCUCUUUUGCUUCCAGCAGCCGGUGGACCAGCUCUGUGGCAAGGUCCCCCUAUGGCCAGCUGGCUGUCCUGGGAGGUUCUGUUCCUCGGGAAGAAGCAGGUGGAGGAACAGGGCUGCCUUUUGGGCAGCGACAGGGUCCAGGCACUGUGCGAGCUCCCUGGGAGGCCCCGCUCACGCUCCCCGUGCUUCCAGUGGGCCCUGCAGUGUCGCUCGGGCCUGGUCCCAUUCUGGUACCUUUUGCAGGAUUGAGCCUAAAGCCUUUAUCAGUUCCUUUGUUAGUUGUGACUCAUGCCACAUGAGGAAGUCCCCAACGAAGCUGUAAGGACCCCAAGGCCACUUGGGCCUGUGGCGGGUGAGGUGUGUCACCACUGUUAAAUCGAGUGCACUUCUUACCAGGGGCCUGGGGCUUGCUUUGAGGGACCCUCCCUUGGAGGAUCCCCUCAGCCUUGUAAAGAGCACAUUGGUUGAAGAUGAGAACUUGUGAUUAAAAAAAAACAAAAGCCUCAAAUCUAAGCAUGUAGUCUGCUUC